AGGAAGAAGAACUCCGCCAAAAGCCACAGCUGCCAGCGAUCCCUGCGGACUCGGAGGAGGUGAUAGACGAUAUCUUCAAUGAUGAAUAUGAUGACGAUCAUACACACGCAAAGGGGUUGUUGUUGGAGGUCAAGCAGCGCGAUCUCUCUCUGUUGAACGGUCUAGAAUGGCUCAACGACACGGUCAUCAACAUGUACAUGGCUCUCAUCAACGACCGAGCCAAGCAGCCCGGCACCACUAUGCCACCCGUACACUGCUUUAACACGCACUUUCUCUCGAAGUUGCAAGACAAAGGCUUUGCAGGUGUAAAGCGGUGGACUAGGAAGUUCAACUUGUUCGAGAAAAACUACGUUGUCGUCCCUGUGCACUUGGGCAAUCAUUGGUGCGCAGCCGUGAUCAAUGUCAAAGAGAAGCGCUUCGAAUACUACGACAGCUUGGGUGGACGCAAUACAGCUGUACUUAAGACGCUGAGGGAUUACCUACAAGAAGAGCAUAUAUCCAAGACGGGGCAACCUCUGGACUUUAGUGAAUGGACUGACUACACGCCUGGAACCAUGUGCCCGCAACAGAACAACUGCAGUGAUUGCGGGGUGUUCCUGUGUCAGUUUAGUGAGUACCGCUCGAGGGGGGCUGAUUUGACCUUCUCACAGGCCGAUAUGCCAUACUUCCGAAGGCGCAUUGUGCACGAGAUUCUGCAAAUGAAACUCAUGGCCUGAAACUGCCUGCAAGUCCCAAAUCCCAUUCUUGACCUAGAAUCAAGCUGCCAUGACUGAAAUGGUGCAAGCAAAGUCCUAAAAGAAUGGACAGACUAUAACCCUGGGGCUAUGUGUCCGCAGCAGAACAACUGCCUAUACCAGUUCAGUGAGUAUGACUCGAGGAGGGCUGACG